AUGAUCGCUUUUGCUUUCGGGCGUCUGCGCCCGGUACUUGGUAGUCGAGUUCCAAUCCAUCGAUAUCAAUUCCACCAUCGCAUACAACCGUUGUCUCGAACGAUGUCCAGCGAGAGCGAACAAGCCAGCAAGAAACAGAAGAUGACCAAAGUCAUUGGUACUCACAAUGGCACUUUCCAUUGCGACGAGGCUCUAGCAGUGUUCCUGCUGAGAUUGACGAACACAUAUCGAGAGUCUGACUUGAAGCGAACCAGGGAUCCAGCCAUAUUACAAACAUGCGACAUUGUCGUCGACGUGGGAGCUGUCUAUGACGAGAGCAAGCAGUUAUUUGAUCACCAUCAGAGAAGCUUUACUGAGGUGUUCGGCCAUGGCUUCACCACCAAGUUAUCCUCCGCGGGUCUGGUAUACAAGCAUUUUGGAAAGGAAGUCAUAUCGAAUGUCACUCAACUGCCGACGGACGAUGAAAAGGUGGAGACCUUGUGGUUGAAGAUGUACAAGGAAUUCAUUGAAGCCAUCGACGCGAUCGAUAAUGGCAUUGCGCAAUAUCCUGCAGACGUCAAGCCUCUGUACAGGAGCCGCACCGACCUCUCGAGCCGCGUCGGCCAUCUGAACCCCACUUGGAAUGAAUCCGUGGACGCCCAAGCAGUGGAUGUUCUCUUUGGGAAAGCCUCUGCGUUGACUGGUGAAGAGUUCCUCGGCCGCCUGAAGUACUACGCCAAUGCCUGGUUGCCUGCGAGGAACCUGUUGAUCGCCUCCAUCGCGAACAGUCUGAACGUUGACCCGUCUGGCAAAAUCAUCGUAUUCGAGCAGUUCCUCCCUUGGAAGGAACAUCUCUUCGAACUCGAGGAACAGCAGCAAACGCCCGAAGACUCUAAGGCCAUUUACGUCGUGUAUCCAGACGAGAUGGCUGGCGCAUGGCGCAUUCAGGCCGUGCCAGUCUCCCCCGAGAGCUUCCAGAGUCGAAAGGCGUUGCCAGAGGCGUGGAGAGGGCUGCGCGAUGACGAGUUGAGCAGCGUGUCCAAAAUUGAAGGUGGCAUAUUCGUUCAUGCCAGUGGAUUCAUUGGAGGCAACAAGACCAAGGAAGGCGCCAUGGCUAUGGCUGUGGCAGCUUUGACUAUCUAA